UUGACGCACGGCGAGGUAUGAAUUAGGAAAAACACCCGUGGACCCGAAAACUGGGAUCGGCGCAAGUGCACUUUCGAAUUUGCUUCCGGUUCAACAUCGAGACCGAUGGCGCCAGCCGAACGUGAUCCACUCAUUGCCUACCCAUCGGAGCGCGCCCGGUCGCGCUGGACUGCGCGCUUCAUCGCCUACGCGGCCGCAGCGCUGGCACUGGCAGGCUGCGGCCUCGCCGCGUCGCUCCAUCCGGCGCCGUCGCCCAUCAACGACGUGGUCAGCACGGCGCUUGCUCUGGACGCGACACUGCCCCGGCGUCCGGCCCACUGCCCGCCCAUUGCGCCGCACGAGCGCGUCGUGCUCUUCUGGCAGUCGGAAGUCGGCGGCUGCGAACAGAUCCCGGACGGCGUCACGCACGUGCUCUGGGGGUUUGCCCAAGUCGAGGCCGGUGAAGUGAUUCCGCGUUUCCAGACGCAUGACGCGCUCCUCACCUCGUGCGUGCAGGCGCUCCGCGCGCGCUGCAUUUACUCGCUGGGCGUCGUCGGCGGCGCCAACAACAAUGACGGCAUGGCCAGCAUUCGCGACCCACCGCGCUUUGUCCGGAGUGUCUUGUCCCUUGUCGACAAGUACCAGUUUGACGGCAUUGACAUUGACGACGAGACCAAUUACCGAGAGGCGGGCUACAGCAGCCGCGCGAUCGUGGCGUACAUGACGGCGCUCCGCAACGCGUUCCGGCCGCUCAACCUGCUCCUGACGUACGACGCGUACAUGAUGGAGGCAAGCCCCCAUUGCGGAAAGGGCAUGCGCUGCUUCGCCAAAGGCGUCGAGCGCCUCGUCGACUGGGUCAACAUCAUGGCGUACAACAUUGACCGCGACCCAAAGCUCGCCACGCCCAUUUACGAGGCUGCCGUGCAUCAAACGUUUCCGCAGUGGCAGCGCCGCGUGCCCAACGACAAGAUUACGGUGGGUCUCUGCACCGGGUCGGGUUGUGCGUGGGGUCCCGGGCCGUCGCCCGACGUUGUUGAAGCCUACAUUCGCUAUGCCAAGGGCACUGGCGGCCUCAUGAUCUACGCCGGCUCGGCCGACAUUGACCAAGGCUUUGUGACGACCAAGGCCGUUGUCGCUCGUCUCCACCCGCAGUCGUCGACGCAGUUGGCGGUCGCCACGACCAUGACGCCUGUGCCAACCACUGUGACGCCUGUGCCGACCACCGCGACGCCCGCGCCAACGACGGUGACGCCCGAGCCAACGACGGUGACACCCGAGCCGACAACCGAGACAAUGGCGCCAACGCCGGAACCUUGGACGGUGACGCCGGCGCCGACCGAGCCGGGCGUUCGUCCCGAUGCGAUCUGCGGUUCGUGCUACGACUGCUUUUACGAGCCGAUCAAGGGCUGCUUCGAUGGCUGGUCCGAGGCGCAGUGCAAGAGCCUUAGCUUCACGUGGUGCGGAUAACCAUCCUAGUACUAAUCUGAUUUUCCCCAUCUCGCAUAAA